UAUAAAGCCAAACAAGCCCUAAGGAGAGGUACCCGGAACCCCAUCGUUACCUAGACCAAUUCGCACACUAGGCAGUAGGCACUUCCUUUACCCGCACAGAGAAAGAAGAAGAAGAGGAAUGGAGGGCAUGAAGAAGAGAAAGCUGGGAGAAGCAGCGGGUGACGAAGAAAUACCAUCGGAAGAAGAGCUCCGCUUGCUGCUUGAUCCUCUCCCUAAACCCCAGCUCGUCCAUCUUCUCUCUAAACUAGGCUCCCAAUAUCCUUCAAUUGCAGAAGAAAUUAGAAGUAUUGCCAGUGCAGAUCCUGUACAUCGAAAGCUUUUUGUUCGUGGCUUGGCCUGGAAUACCACUUCAGAAACCUUGUGUGCUGCAUUUCUAGUGCAUGGAGAAAUAGAGGAAGGAGCUGUGAUCUUUGACAAAGCAACAGGAAAAUCGCGUGGUUAUGGCUUCAUUACUUACAAACAUAUGGAUUCGGCUCACAGUGCAUUGAGAGCACAGAGUAAAAUGAUUGAUGGCCGAUUGGCUGUUUGUAAUCUUGCUUGCGAGGGCUUGAGUGGAGCAAGUACAACACAGGAUUUAGCCCAGAGGAAGCUCUACAUUGGGGGAUUGUCACCAGAUAUCACUAGUGAGAAGCUGCUAAGCUUUUUUGGGAAAUAUGGUGAAAUAGAAGAAGGUUCAGUUGCAUAUGACAAAGAUACAAAUGAAUCACGUGGGUUUGGCUUUGUGACAUACAAGAUAGUGGAUGCUGCAAAGAAGGCCAUAGAUGAUCCAAAUAAGCUGCUUGGGGGAAGGAAUAUAAUCGUGAAGCUUGCCGAUUCUCACAAGGGCAAAUCACUACAGACACAGUUACCCACAGCAGAGGUCCCUAUGUCCUUUCCUAUGGCAGCUGGAUAUCCACAGCCUGGAAGUGCGCAUGCCAGUACUACUCCUGUUGGCUACACUUACCCUCAAACCGUUGCAUCAUACACUGCUUCUGCUUACCCUAGUGUUCCUGCACCACCUGCUCUGUACCCGACCCAACCUCAAAUUUCCUAUCCACCUGUGGCUUUAAAAGAAGACUCCUAUGGAUUCCCAUCAACACAAGUAGGAAUUGGCGGCUACCCAUAUUACAUUUCCAAACAAUGAUUACAAUGGCUGCGAAUGAACUAUAAAGAUGGUUAGUACCUGGUCUUGCGCGUCUGGGAAGUAUUGUGAUUUCAUAGAUGGCAUGAAAUCUAAUGUUUCAACAUUUGUUUCUACUUUCUGGUUAUACAUGGCUAGAAUAACAGGAAUCCAGUUCUACAGUGGUAGGAUAGUUUCUCACUAAUUCUGUAAUUCAUAUGAUUGUUUUAUCUUUCUUGGAUCGGACGUGUAAGUGUUAGAAUGAAGUUCCUAAUCUUAUUAUUUCCUUCUCGGAUCAGAAGUAAAAAAGUGUAAGGAUGAAGUUCCUAAUCUUAUUUCUCCUUUCUAUUCA